AUUUCACAAUCGUAUAACUGACAUAUGAGAUAACUGCAAUUGAUCGAAGAGUAACAUAUGUUGAAUUUUACGCACUAAAAGUUACUUUACGAUACUUCGUAGUUGAACAACUCAUCACACUCGAAGCUAAAUUUAUCUCUCUCUAUAUAGGGUGUACAGUUUACGGUCGCGAAGUGCGUUUGCGGUGGCAGUGUCGUUGUAUGCGCUAGUGGUGGUCGGUAGUGAUGUGGAACUUUGUAAUACUGAAAAUAUGACGAAAAUACGCUCGUUUACGAAUCUUAUAUUUCUACUUAUCGCGAUAGUUUUCUAUGCGGCGACAGAAUGCACGGCCGCUCUCUCCGACAAACAAUUAUGUUACGACCCUAAUUGUUCGGAGCCCAUUUCGUUGGCCCGGACCAUACUCGCUUACAACGCGAAUGAUCGUGAAGUGCUGUCAUUUAAGAAACAUGUAUCAGUUACGGUUUUCAGUAAAGGAGCCGGAAAGAGGACGGAUUUAUGGGGCGUCGAGAUAAACGGCCAACGUGGAUUCGCGCCUCGUUCAUUUUUAAACGAAUACAAAGUUCUACGACGCGACUUGUUGCACGAAGUGCCUGUUUACAAAUUUACUGACAAUGGUAGUAACGCUCAAGCCAACAAGCUUGAGUCUUACAAUGAUGAGGCAGUACCGGUAUCAGUAAAAUCUGGAGAGGAAAGUAUUGUGCAGGGAUCUGAAGCGAUCGAUGCAGACGGCGUAUUGUCUCCGUACGAGGUAAUAGACGGUACAACAGUUUACUUUGAGGGUAAACCACCUGUACAGCCCAGUCCGGUGUCUGAAGCCAUGCAAGUCACUGCACUUCCAGAUAAACAAGCUUCCAGCCUCGGUAGUGAUCCUAAAACAGAUCCUAAUCACGAUAGAUUAUCAUUAGACAAGAGUACACUUAAUAAUGAGAAAUUGCAACCAGACACAAGCAACGUUGAUAAUAAACUGGAAGGCAUUAAACCGCCGAUAGAUACUCAUGAGGAAAUUAGUGCUGAGAUAUUGUUAGAGAGCUCGGAAGCAAUAAUCAAUUCGACGUUGGAUACGGCAGGUGGAAGCGAUACUGCAGCACUUGAAAGCGAUGAAUUCGAAGACGAGCCGUCUGAUGAUCUGGAACACGAAGAAGAAUCGACGGACAGUAGUGGUGAGAGGAAUAUAGAAAAUAAGGAACAGGAACAAGAACUUGAAAGUGGAGGUAUACUUGCCUCACUGACGAAGACGUUUAAUAUUUUAUCUAGCUCGAAGGAAACUGCAGAAGAAACAGAAAGCACUAAAAAUAAUGAUGAUAUUCAAAGUAGCAACGACAUAUUUGCCUCCGUAGCUGCUGCCGUGAGCAAUGCGCAGUUGUCAGAACAGGCUUCAGAAAACGUUGACGUUAAGGCUGCUGUAACCGAGGAGGCCGUUCCGGCUAUUCCGAAGUUGGACUCGAGCGUGGAUUCGGGUUCUACAAGCAGCGAGAAGCUAGAAACGCAGGAAAUUACGCAAGAGGGUGUGAUAGUUUCAGACGAAGGGGCAAAGAUAGUGGAAGAAGCAUCUUUGACUCUUCUGGAGAACACCACAUCUUCAAGCGACGUGCCUUCAUCCAACAAUUCUGCACACGAAGAUACUGACAAACCUGCCGAGGAAUCGCCAGCAGUAUCGUCGGUCUUACUGAAUGCUGUUGACAGCAACGUUGAGAGUACUCCAGCACUGGAAACGAGUAGCACGGAUAAAAUUACAGAAAGCGUGACCGCCGCUCCUGAAACAGAACCGACGGUCUCGCCUGAAUCGCAAGAUUCUGCAGUCACCGCGGGCACCAUCGCCGCUCAAAGCAGCGAUGACACUGAGCAGCAACUGGUAUCAGAAAGUGCUAAAAAUCUAGAAAAUAAAUUGGAAGACGUUGGUCAGAAAGAAACGAUUGUCCGAGCCGAUGAGGCUGCUGGUGAGAAAGUUUUAGAAACUGAUAGUUUGCAACCUGUCGAGGAAGCAGCAACGAAUAUUAAAACGGAAUCACUUCACGAGGAUCAUGUUGCUGCAGAGAAUACAGUAAUCGUCGAUGAAGCAUCAAGUCACAGCGCUGCAAACACUCAGUUCAAUAUAUCAAUUGUACAUAGUAAUGUAAAUAAGAAAGAUAAUUUAAUUAACGAUGCUAGCCCUGGCAGUGUUCCUGUAGAAUCUAACGAACUCUCAAAGGGUGUAGAAUCUAAUCCCAGUGCAGAGCAACCCUUCAUAGAUUCUAGUCAGAACGUGAUUUCUGAACAAUUGAAGGAGAGUCUCCAAGAUUGGGAUUUAUUGAGCACUGAGAGCCUGGAAUCUAAGAAUGUUGAAAAUCAAGUCGAUUCUAUGAAACACGAAGAGAUCUUGCCUGGAUAUGAUCGCAUAAACAAUGGAGAUAAGGUUUUACAGAGCGAUGAAGACAUCGGGGAAGACAAUAACGUGGAGCCAGAAUUAAAACGUACAUUUAACGAAAAAGAUGAAGCCUACUGUCCCAAUGACGAAUGCAUACCUGAGGCUACUUUAACAGAUGCAUCGGUGGAAGAAGAUAAGAAGUCAGGAUAUAUAUACGGAUAUGGGUAUGAACAGUUCUCGACAAACUUGGAUCUUAAUUAUUGGAAGACUUUGAUGUACGUGUGUGUGACAGCCUUCACAACACUCGCGUUUACUCUUGGAUAUUAUUAUAUCGAGAAUACAAGAAGGGACAGACAGCUCAUCGCUAGGAUUAACAAACUCGAAAAAGAACUCUUGGUCUCUACAAAAGAGUGUGAAGCACUCAGUGAGAAUUUAAAGACCACCAAAGGAAAAUUACAUUCUAUAGAAGACGAAUCAUUCGGUUCUAACGAGAUGGUCGCAUCGCUGAAAGCAGAUUUGAAAGCGUCACAGGACGCGAAAGCAGAACUGGAGGAUCAGGUGGCUAUAUUGGACAAAGAGUUGGAAAACGCAACGGAAGCCGGAUUGGAACUCGAACGAAUGCUGAGGGAAGUCUUAUCAUCGAACAACGAAGUUAAUCCACUAGCGCAAUCGGUGGAAGACCUACAAGCACGAUUGGACGCCCAACACACCGCGAACGAGUCGUUAACGAAUACGUUGAAUCUCAAAGCUCAAGAGCAUGAGUUUGAUAAGCUUGAGAUCGAGACUCUAUCGACAGAUCUUGCCUCCACUACCAAGAAAUGCGAGGAACUUGAGGCAAAACUUUCGCGAGCGCAGGAUGAACUGACAACGCAGGCAAAUCUUGGAAACAGCAUAGAACAAUCGCUCACGGAGAAAGUGCGCGGUCUGGAGGAGCAACUAAAUCAAACAUCUACUGAGAAGACCUCCUUAUAUAAUGAAUUGAGAGGCAUGAAAACGGAAAUGAAAGAGCUGAUGGAUGUUAUCAGCCAGAUCAAGUCGAAUAACUUGGAUCUGGAUAAAUUAUACGAUGUAUCUCGCGUGAAAUCCGAGGCGGUGCAAUUGCGUGAAGAGAGGGAUGAACUGAAAGUGCGAUUGAGCGACGUUGAAGGCGCUCAUCAGUUGUUGGAAGAACACAUGAAACUCGUUAAGGAAGAAGUGGUUGCAUUAAGCGAUCAAUGUAAAAUAGCUGAGAAAGAUAAGAAAGACGCCGAGACUCGGCUGGAGGUGUUGUCAAAGUUCUUCAAGGAAAAAGAAGCUGAACGCCAGAAGGAAGAAGCAAUGUGGCUACAGAAGCAAGGGGAAGUUGUCUCGACAGUCGAAAGGAUACAUACGAUGCAAAACGAAAUACAAAAUUAUAAGCAACAAGUAGAAAUGUUGAAACGGGAGAUCGUGGACCAGGAGAGAGAAUACAAAAAUCAAAUAUCUGCUUUAGAAACGAAAGCACAUGAACAAUGGGUUGCUGCUCGUCAAAAUGAACGUCGUUUAGAAGAAUCGAAAGCAGAGGCCGGCCAGCUACGUAAUCGUCUUACACUCGUGCAGAAAAACCUGAACGACACCGAUCCUGAGGCUAAGCUACACCGAAGCGGCCUGGAAGCGAACGGGGAGACGAUGACGUCGCCGCCACUGUUCAUAGGACCGGAGUCGUCCAGCUCACCCGUAAUGUUUAGCGGCUCCUCGGGCGUCCCGCCACCACCGCCACCUUCCUAUCUGCACUGCUUCCCGCCGUACCUGCCGCUCUUGCCGCCCACCGCUUCCGGUCUACCUCCGUACGAUAUUAGUCAACGUCCACCGCCUCUGGGCGGCCGGCUGUCGUCACCGCCGCCGAUGCCGCCUCCACCCUUACAUCCCGGCGCCUCCGCUUCCGUUGACAGAUACGAGAACGCCGGUUCUCCGCCGCCGAUGUCACCGCCGCACUUACUUCCGCCUUACGACCGCCACAGAUCCCCACCGCCCCCGCCGUUCGGCAAUGAUCACAUCCCGCCCCCUCCUCUGCCCGGCACGAUGUUACCUCCACUCCUCGGUACGGCGCGUCCAUGGGGGGAAGAGUCACUGCCGCCCCCGCGGAAUUCUGGUUUCCAUCCUCACCAGCGGGAACAACCACGUGCGCGCAAUCAUAAAGGUUCCUUACAUUCUUCAGGAGAAUCACUGGAUAAGACACACCACGGGAAAGUCUAAGUUUUAUAUCUUGCAAAACACACUUGUACAAAGGCCAAAUCUAUCACUGUAACAGUGGCAGACCUAUUGUAUAACGAUUUUAAAUAAAUAUGUAAUGGUGAUGUAAUUUAUGUUAAACA